UCCAUUUUUCAUCACAAUUCACAGAUCACAACACAUGGACUGUGGCUUGUUCACGCCUCUAACUCAUUGCCUGGAAAGCAAUCGCCGGAUUUAGUGCCGGGUCCAUUCCCGACUCAUCUCAACAAUCAUGUGGGCUCGUUCUGUGGUUCGCCCGGCCAGCCUCGGCCGAUGGACCGGUCCGCCCUCGCCCGUUUUGGCCAUCCAUCGCGCCUUCCACGGCACAUCCCGGGUUUUCGAUGCCGAUCCUCCAGAUCCGGUCGGUCAGGUGGACCGCCCAACCGCGAACCAGAAGCCCAAGACCCAACGCAAUACGACCCAGUCGAAUGCUACCGAACGUUUAAAGAACCUGAUGAAGGAGGCUGCUCAACCUGGGUCAGCUGACCACCCACCCGUCAAAUUAAGCCGACCUUCAAAGCGAUCCAAGGGGCAGGUCAGCUCUCGCGGUCUGGAUGACGAACUGGUGAGUGCCACGCAAGAUGUAGCCCAACAUUUGAGUCCAGGUCAGCCUGAGCGGAAGGUGAAGGUCGAAUCCGAUCUGUUGCGACACCUGAAAAGCGCUCAACACCAGUCCAAUGCGAGCUUGGAAGAUCUGAUGGCCGAUAUUAAGGUGGAGAAGAAGCCUCAGGAGAGUGAGAGCGAGAAACGCUUUGGUCGCUCCAAGGAAUCCGGGGGCAGCGCCCGCGAAUUGACUAGCGAACAACGGGAUUUCUUGGAACGUCGUCGACGUCAACGGCGUGACCAAUUGGGCGGUCCUCGGGAGGACGAUCGCCAAGGCGGAAUCCGAGACUCUGUGGUGUUGCCUCCAGGUCUUUUUGCCAGGCAGCCUUUGGGUAUCUUUACCGAACCCGUGCCCGAGAAUCCGGAUCGUUCUCAUGAAGUGCCCAUGCCCACGUGGGAUGCCUGCCAAAUGCGUGAAGUGAAAAUCAUGAAUUGGCGACCUCCAAGGAAUGUCAUUGAAGACAUGAUUGAUCUCACAGAGAAGCAGGUCUUGUGGCAGUUUCCUAUCGAUAACGAGCAAGGCAUCAAUUAUGAUGAAUUGGAGCCUUUUCAUCACCAUGUGUUUUUGGAACGACAUCUGGAACCUUGGUGUCCUAAAGAAGGACCUAUUCGUCAUUUUAUGGAAUUAGUCUGCGUUGGAUUGCAAAAGAAUGCCCAUAUGACGGUGGCCAAAAAGCUUGAAACGAUCGAAUGGUUCAAGGAAUAUUUGAUGAAUGAAGAGAAGCAAGAGAUUUUUAGGCUUAGCGAAAUGCAAUGAACGAAUAAUAAGUAUACGCCAAUAACGCAAAUAUUGUUUUAUUUGCCUCAUUUCAUGACUUGGUUGCUUCAUAACCAAUGAGGGUAAGAAGACUGGAUUAUCGUUGCUGGCAGGGGGUAAAUUUGAUACCCUCAUACGGGCUAAGUUGAGUUUACUUAGUCCUCAUAAGAAACAUGCGUUAAUACUACAUCAACUCCCGUCUGUUGAUGAUUUCUCAAUUGGAAUGGUAGGAUUUUUCAUAAUCUUUUGCACCAAAGUCUCCAAUAAUCGGCAACGGAUUCCAGGGCGGUGAAGUUUCACUCUGCACAUUGCACAGUGAGUCAUACGUUCAAAACACGUGUUGCACACACAAUGUCCAUUGCAGCAUUGGAAAAUAGCACCCAACAUGGGCUCGACACACACUAUGCACUCGAUUUCCGGUUCGACCGAAAAUUUGGCAUCAGCCAAUAUGGGAGUCUCGGCCGAGGCCGAUUCUGGAGUGGCAUCAUCUUGUAGAGUUUUCCAUUCCACCAAGAGGUUUGCGGUUCGUUCGUCCAAGUCAUCCAUGGCGCGUUGAUACCCUUCCCUCAAAGAAUCCUCCGACCUGCAGAGUUCGUGGAUUCUCCUCUUGCAUGCCUCGACGCCUUUUUGGCUAUUUCGAAUAGCCUUCUCGUGGGCGGUUUUAGUCUUUUGCUCGGCCAAGAGUUGUUGCUCGAGGCCCUCGGCCAAAAGCCUAUAAGUCUGUCCUUUCACAUUUCGUUCAUCUUGAAUGUUUUGACGAUCACGUAUGUUACAUCGCUUUUUCUCCAAGCGAGUGUCUCGGCUGUAGAAAUAGAUUU